CGACUUAAUGGCAUUUUUUAGAUCCUCUUUACACGAUAUGAUUACUCCUUACAUAGCAGAGUCCAAUUUUUACAACUAGUCAUGAGACGGCGCGAUCACUUCUGAUGACCUUUUCGUGUUUGCCAGAAAUCUUUCCCAUCGUCGAUCGUUUUUUCCCCCGAACGCGGUGCAAUUAGCACAAUUCUUGCACACCAUCAAAUCAGUUUAAAAGCAGGCAGCCCAUCAUUCUAAACAUCAGUUCUGCAAUCACCCUCCAAAUCUGCGUACCCUGCCCAGUGUUCUUUCCCCGAGUUCCAACAUGCAUUUGUUUUCCGUGGUUGUUCUGGUCUGCUGCCUCCUCGUCGCGGUAUUGUCGGCACCGGCCGAAUUUUACACCUCCCAAUUCGACAACAUCGACAUCGAGAGCAUCCUGAAAAAUGAAAAACUCCUGGAUAACUACUUCAACUGCCUCAUGGACGAGGGACCCUGUACCCUGGAGGGACGGACUCUCAAGAGUUUGUUACCAGAUGCAUUGAACACCUCAUGUGCUAAAUGCACGGAGAAACAGAAAAAGAUUGCCCGAAGAGUGAUGACAUUCUACUUGGACAAGUACCCCGCCAACUCCGCAAGAAUCAUUAAGAAGUACGACCCAGAAAACAAAUUCAAGGAUGGAAUCGAAAAGGCGCUUCUCGGAUCACGAUGAUCAAGCACUGAAUAGGAAGGAUUUCUAUUUUCUUCGGGGCAGCCAAACAAGUUACCAUAUCUCUCCGCAUUAUUUGUGGAAGGGACCAUAUUUUUAAUAUAUUAAUCUAUUAUUCUCUCAUUUAUUGCAAGUAUGAACUCUCUACUUAGUCAAUAUGUUGAUUUCGUAGCCAAAAUGUACCUCGCAGCUUGACUUUUUAAUGGACCCUGCAUACCUAAUGGCGACGUCUAAAUGUUGCCAUAAUGACUAGGUAGAUUCAUGCACGUGAAUAUUUUGCCCAAUUUAUUGUGUUUUUCAUGUAAAUGAUUUAAUUUAUUUUCGUGAUAAUAUUUUCUUUUGGUGUAAAUAUA